AUGUACGAGGCCCUGAAGGCCUUUAGCCAUGGUGAAGUAGAACGUGUGGAUACUAUCCUCGAUGCUGUGAUGCAGGAGAAGGCAACACGCAUGAACAUAGAUGACAUUUUAUCAGUAUGUUGUAUGCGAGCGUCCACUCUUGCUAUGCAGGGAAAGAAUCAACGCGUGGUGGAGGUCAUGGAGUUGGCUGCUGGAGCUCCGCAGCACGCAGCUUUGACGUGUUACUUGGAGGGGCUUGCCGCACUCGCCAAUAUUAACCUCCAAACCGCUCGGCUGAAGUUUGAGGAGGCGAAACGACGAGACGAACACUUUACACUCGCUCAUCUUGGGCUAGCUGCUGUAUAUUAUCAAUUAGGAGAUUACAAGACCAGCUUCAGCGAAUAUAGGGAGGUGCUUAGCGUUUUGGGUAGCACCGCGACUCCGCCGAUCGUUCGUGUGGGUAUGGGACUUUGUGCGUAUCAUCUCGGCCGCCCGGCGGAGGCGCGGGCCUUUCUUGAGCAUGCUCUUCAGAUAAAUCCUAACGAUGCGCUUGCGUUGUUUGCUCUUCUUGUGGUGUAUCUUGACCGUCGGUUGACUUCAAAAGUGGUUGAGACGGUCGCACGGUUGAGCAAAAUGCUUCCCCACAACACCAUGGUGUUGCUCAAGGUCUCAGACCUCAUGUACUUCAAGGCGAUUAGUCAAAGGCGUAUCAAGAGCUCAAUUCCGGCGAUUAAAUCUACACUGGACGAGGUGCGUCGCUUUGGCUCCAUCGAUGAGUGCGCUUUAGCGGACUUUCAGGAGGGGCGCCUUCUGCUGGCCUCGGGCGACCUUUCAGGGGCACAGCCGUUGUUGGAGUCCGCCUUGCGCACCUUUCCCAAACUUCUUGCAGCGCGCGUGCACUACGCUCGUCUGCUUGUGCUUUCCCACCGAGAAAAUGAGGCGGCCCAGCUCUUGGAAAAGAUCAACCAGGACCAGCCCAACCAGAAGGAGGUCUUGCAGCUCCUGGCGGUGCAUGCGACCCGCCUCGGGCAACACGAGCGGGCUUUCAAGUACUGUAGCCUCUUAACGACGAGCGUGGCGGAAGGGGAUUUGCGCUCGUGGUCCCUGGCGUCGUGGUGCGCUCGGCUCGAUACCGACGAAAGCAAAUGCCUUCUGACGCACCUCAUUCACGCGCACAAGAAGCUGGGCCUGAACCCGCCGUGGCAGCUGCAGGCGAACAUCGCGGUGUUGAGUGGCGAUACGGAUGCCAUGCAGGCCAUUGUGGAUCACGAACUUGGCGGGGAUUUCCUUCACCGGGAAGGUUUUGCCGUGCAGCAUGUUCCCUUGGUCUUCAAUUUGGCAUUGCUCUUAGAGGCGAAGGAUCGCGCGCGAGCACGCGAGCUUUAUAUUUUUCUAGUGAAGCAGCAAAGCGGGUUCCGACUCCCCUAUCUGCGUCUCCACAAGCUCUGCAAGGAGGCCGGGCUCCACGAGCAGGCGGUUGCGUGGCUGGUGCUGCUUCAACAGGUGAUCCCGCAGGAGCCUAUGGCGCAGGCCGCCCUUGGUCAGAUCUUCUUUGAACAGAAGCUUUGCUCCGCGGCGUUGAACAUUCUUACCAACCCCAAAACGAAGGCAAUCCCCGUUGCCUUGACUCUGGGCGCCACCUACUUGCGGUACUGCCAACAGUACGGUAGGGAUAGCCGCGAGUAUCUACGGUACGCCAAGUAUCGUUACAAGGAGGUUCUUCGGGUGGAUAAGGGGAACAUCCUAGCCGCACACGGACUGGCGUGCUGCGUUGGGCUAGAGCUCAACUGCACCUGCUGUCAAUCCCUGCUCGAUCAUGUCGGUGAGGUAACGCCUAAUUGUGCGUAUGUGCGUGAUAACCACCUUGUUCAUAUGGCCAACGUCAAGGUGCUCAGCGAGCGUUACAAACAGGCUAUCGAUUACUUGGAAGCGAAUAAGUUUCGCACCCCCCAACAGGAUUCUUCGUAUACCUUUUGCCUCGCAAGCGAGGGGCGGUAUGAUGAUGCCAUUGAGGUCCUAUCGAAAGUUUUGGACUCCGAGAAUCCACAGCAUAUUUUGUUCUACAAUAUGUCUCUGCUGUGCUGCUCGGCUUUUCUUCGACAGGUCGCCAAGUCCCACAUCCUAAAAGCUGAUGAGGGGCGCAAGAUGCGUGGAAUCCUUGAGAAAGGUCUCAUGGCGGCUCACAAAUUCCUUCAACUGGAGGCGAAGUCGAAGUUUCAGGUAGAGAAUCGCGCCUUUAUAAAGUCCGUCUCUGUGUACUGUAUUGAAGUAUACGACACACGCUUCAAACGUCUCCUUGCGGUGGGCCAGGAUAAUUCUUCUACUCUGGAAAAGAUGUCCGAGCUUUGGCGGGAUACGUUUUCAGGAUUUCAGACUGAAAUACAGCGCCAAGAGGAGGACGAUACGUUGCUAGAGGCCAAAAAAAAGGCUGAGCGCGAGACAUACGAGCGUGAGAUUCUCGAGAACUUCCGAAAAAGCCAUUCCUUUUACAUGGGUGCGACAAUGGAUGACUUAGAUGCUCCUGAUUUGGUGACCGACGAGAUGGAGCCAAAACCAAAUGACCCUUUGCAUAUAGAUGGUAUAUCGGGAAUUUUUGACGGUGUGAUGCCUAUGGAUGACUUGCAGCCCACCGAUCAUCAUGAUUUUGCGUGA